CUCUGCUUUAUGAAAUAUGGGGGACGACAGACCGUUUGUGUGCAGCGCCCCGGGCUGUGGACAGAGAUUCACCAAUGAGGACCACCUGGCAGUGCACAAGCACAAGCACGAGAUGACACUGAAAUUUGGCCCAGCCCGAACUGACUCAGUCAUCAUGGCAGAUCAGACGCCCACUCCAACUCGCUUCCUGAAAAACUGUGAGGAGGUGGGCCUCUUCAGCGAGCUGGCCAGUUCCUUUGAACAUGAGUUUAAGAAAGCUUCAGAUGAAGACGAAAAGAAGGGUGCUGCUGGGCCUCUUGACAUGUCUCUGCCUUCUACACCAGAUAUCAAAAUCAAGGAGGAAGAGCCAGUGGAGGUUGACUCAUCACCCCCUGACAGCCCUGCAUCUAGCCCCUGUUCCCCUCCAUUGAAGGAGAAGGAAGUUGCCUCCAAACCAGUUGUGAUCUCCACCCCUACACCCACCAUCGUCCGCCCUGGCUCCCUGCCUCUCCACUUAGGCUAUGAUCCGCUCCAUCCAACCCUCCCUUCCCCAACCUCUGUCAUCACACAGGCUCCACCAUCCAGCAGGCAGAUGGGCUCUCCUACUGGCUCCCUCCCUCUCGUCAUGCACCUUGCUAAUGGACAGACCAUGCCUGUGCUGCCAGGGCCUCCAGUACAGAUGCCUUCUGUUAUUUCGCUGGCCCGACCGGUGUCCAUGGUGCCCAACAUUCCCGGCAUACCUGGCCCACCAGUUAACAGCAGUGGCUCCCUCUCUCCCUCUGGCCACCCUCUGCCAUCAGAAGCCAAGAUGAGACUAAAAGCCACGCUGACCCACCAAGGCUCUUCAGUCAAUGGAGGCUGUGGCAUAGUGGUGGGUACUGCCAGCACCAUGGUGUCAGCCCGUCCGGAGCAGAACCAGGUCCUCACCCAGCACCCCGAUGCCCCAUCCCCUGCCCAGCCACAGGUCUCUCCCGCCCAGCCCACCCCUAGCACUGGGGGACGGCGCAGGCGCACGGUGGAUGAAGAUCCCGAUGAGCGUCGGCAGCGGUUUUUAGAGCGAAACCGAGCUGCAGCCUCCCGGUGCCGCCAAAAGCGGAAGCUGUGGGUGUCUUCCCUGGAGAAGAAGGCAGAAGAACUUACUUCUCAGAACAUCCAGCUGAGCAAUGAAGUCACAUUACUACGCAAUGAGGUGGCUCAGUUGAAACAGCUUCUGUUAGCUCAUAAAGACUGCCCCGUCACUGCACUACAGAAAAAGACUCAAGGCUACCUAGAAAGCCCCAAGGAAAGCUCAGAGCCAACGGGCUCUCCAGCCCCAGUGAUUCAGCACAGCUCAGCAGCCCCGAGCAACGGCCUCAGUGUUCGAUCUGCAGCUGAAGCUGUGGCCACCUCAGUCCUCACUCAGAUGGCCAGCCAAAGGACAGAACUGAGCAUGCCCAUACCGUCCCAUGUGAUCAUGACCCCACAGUCGCAGUCUGCCGGCAGAUGAUGCCUCCCAUGAUGGAGAGGUCCCCAGCCAGAGCUCGCCCACCUGAGCCCAGAGAGAUCAUCUUAGCCCUCCCACCUGCCUUGGAAUUGGCAAUAUGGGAGAGGAAGAUAUUGUGUGUUGUGAGUAUGGACAGAUGUGGGGUUUUUCUCUUCAGCCACGUGAUCGUGUACGCUUGACACCUGUACUAGGGGCCGCGAGCCCCAAAGCCACAUAGAUCAUCCCGCAAGGGUGGGGUUUCUAUGUAUCUACAGCCAAAGGCCUUUCCAUAUGGUCCGAGCAAUCACCCCUGCCCUGAUGCAUGUGUGCCUGUCUCUUAACACUACCCUUGCACUUGUAGGUUGGGAUUUCUCAGUGUCCUCUCCUCCCAUUGAGCUGUGGCUGUUACCUUCUUAUUUCUUACUAGCAUGCCACUUCCUGCCAGAUAAAGGGAGACUAGAUUUGAUGGCAUUUUACUUGCUGUCCCAUCCCCAGCCACCCCACGCACUCAGGACUUUGUCUCCCAGUAGCUGCUUAUUUAUCUCUUCCCGUUCCUAAAGUACAGUGAGCACAC